AUGGCUCGGCAGGUACUUUUAGUGCAGCGUUUGCCUUGGCGCUUUGUUAUUUUGCGCAAGACCAGUCAUUCAUCCAAAUAUACCCAUCGCUUAUUAUGUAAAUCCUAUUCUUCAGCUUCAUCCGACUCUGAUGUCCCAUUUCCAGUCACAAGACCCAACACUGUGCACAAAAGUUUGGUCACCAAUUUGCCAAAUCGUCAAGCUUUGCAACAUGUUCGCUGGCUUCUUCAGCAGCCAAAUUGUCGCAUCUUACUACUUACGGGAAGCCCUGCAUUUGACUCGUUUGUGCGUGCAGAAUUGGAGAAAGAGUUGUCCGUUUUUGAGCUGGAACGCCAUGGCCACGGAAUCUUUGGCGUGCGCGAAUUUUGUCAGCUGCUGCUGCGCGAAAGUGAUCGCGAUCGCCGUGUGUUCAACCGCGCACAAUUGACCGCAUUAAUGUUACAUAAUGGGAUCUCAGUACCGGGUGCACCACAUCUUACAGCCAUGUCAACGCUGCAGCGACGGAAAGGAGUGCAGAAUUUGCUACAGCAUUUUCAUCUUCUAGAAAAAGAGGGUGUCACUGCCGAGAAGUACGCCUCUGUUGCUGCUAAGUCUGAUAAUUUAGUGCCACAGAAGCUGGUGGAGGUGUACCAACGCUACCAGGAGCUAUUGGUGCAGCAUAACGUCAUAUCUUGGGAUGGUGUAGUGUUGGAAGUAGCGGGAAUGUGUGGACUGCAUGAUUUAAGUACGUCGAAGCAAGAAGCUAUUACAGCAAAAGAGUUUAGCCAAAUGGUGAUGAAAGAGUACACAGACGUGGUGAUUGAGAAUGUUGAAAGAAUUACGCCUACUAUGGCGAAACUUCUUGGCCAUCUGUGUGGUCAACCGAGUGUUCAAUCUAGUGCGAGCUAUAGCCGCGUAUUGGGCGUUGAAAACGAAUGUGCUCGGACGCAGCAAUUGGAAGAGCAGCUUCUAAAAACAGCAAUUUGGACAGGAAUUGAACGUAGUGUGACUCGCGUAUCCAUGCAAUCUGAUAUCAAGGAAGCUGAAAGACGAGAGCAAAUGCAAGUAUUUGCUCAGCAAAUCUUGACGCAAAAUGUAAAUCCGUUAAGAGGUGCACUUUGUCCGAUCCCAUUUCAAUGCUGGAAAUUUGAGACCACUGAAGCAGAAGAAAAGGCAAUUGGUGCAUUUUUUACACGAGAAUUGCAACGUAAUGACAGCAUUCGGGUCACUGUGCUGUGUCCUUCGUAUGCCGAUGUGCAUCGCAUUGUGUUGGCUUUUAAAAAGCAAAAGAUUCCUGUCGCAGUGGCUGACGAUCAUGUUGCUGCAAGGGUGAAUUCCACCGGAAAGCCAAUUCACCUAUUUGAUGAACCUGGAAUAAAUGCGGUAUACUCACUCUUGUGUGCCUUGUGCUUCCCGAGUGACUCACGCCAUCUAUACAAUAUCUUACGAUCAGACUAUAUCGCUUUUCCACCAGAAUUACUCUCUUGGUUAAUGGAGAAAGAUCAUCGUAGCCACGUAGAUCUGUUUACGGUUCUUGAAGGAUUUGUGAACAGCCAAGGAACGUCACUCGGGACGUCAUAUACUCGCAAAGAUGCUGACGAAGUGGAGCGGUCUCAAUUAAAUGCUAUAAGACUUGAAACUGGAUUAAAGAAGGCUGAAUCGUUUGUAAAUCUUAUCAAGCGAUUGCGUGCUAAGUGUCACGAAAUGUCUGCUGUUGAACUCGUCCAGAUUUUUCUUGAAGAAUCUGGUAGGCUGACAAGUCUGGUGAAUCCCAGCUCCCCAGCAGAAGAACGUGAGGCUUUACUCCUCGCAGAUUUCUUACGAGAGCUUGAGACCGUGCAAAAUAUCGUCAAAAGUGAUAAAGUGACGUUUGUGACUCCAUAUCUACAACAACUAAGAGAAACAAGCUUGACACCAUCUGCGUCUUGGGAAGACAAAAUGAGUGCAGACUUUUCCACGAACAAUGAGUCCGUACGUGUACUUCCUUUGGCAAAACACACACUUACAUCAAUUGCGGCUACAGAAGCAAAAAGUAGUAGUAAUCAGCACACGUUAGUGCUGAUGUCUAUGCGUGAUAGCAAGUUUCCAGGACGAAUGAAGCGUCUCACGCUCCCACUUCCGUAUGAGUUGCUGAGCGAGCCAUACCCGGUGCAGACACGUUUGGAACAUUUAAAGCAAUGCGAAGGACUUGCAUACGAGGCCUUGAUGCUAGCAGAGUACAAUGCUGUUGUGCUUUCGUUCGCUGAGCUCGCAUCUUCAUCAUCCAAGCGCGAAGUUUUAAGUCGGACUUUACAACCGAUCUGGCAUGAUGGCGAUGAGCCAGAAGGAUUCACCAUGAACGAAGAUGGAGAAGAAAGAAAAUUGAAUGAAAUUACAUCUUUUGAAGAUCUCGAGAAGAGUCAACAUUUGGCGUUUGACAAAUUUUUUUCGAAAGAAAAGAUGAUCGAUACCUCGUACUCUUGGUUCUCGAAAGCUGCAAGGUUUAUGCGUGAGCUCGCGAAUCGCAUGUUACACCCCCACGCGGCCAUAAAUACUUAUCGAAGCUUGAGCAAAAACGAUGAUACUGCUGCUAGAGCCCGACAGGAACAAGAUAAAGAACCGCUUCUUAGAGAAAAGAUUUCAGAUCGUGCCGAAACUCCUCACCUUCGCGCUUUACCCCUAACAAGUCCAUCGUAUGAGCCGUCGCAUUUGUCAUAUUCACAGAUCUCAGAGUACUUACGUUGCCCACAUCGAUACUAUUUGAGUCGUGUGAUGAAGUUGAAUGGGGACAUGUCGACUUCAAUGAUGUUUGGAAGUGCUUUGCAUACAGGUAUCGCAGCGUUUGCAAAAGUUAUUGCUGCUGCACAACAGCGUGGAAUGGUGACAGAGGAGGCCAAGAUGCUCGCAGCUAUCGAAGCGAAGGCAGCUUUUCGGAGUUCUUGGGUCGGCGAUGGGUACGGUCUCUUCACUUCUAGCGAGCAAGCUUCUGUCCUGUUCGAACGAGGGAUGAUGGCGUUAUAUGACUUUGCUCAAUCACACCACGAUGACUUGCAACACCAAGAAAUUGUUGGCGUUGAACAAGAGUUUUCAAUUUUUGUACCUGAAGCUAAUAUUGAGUUGCGUGGAGUUUGGGAUCGCAUUGACCGCGUUUCAAAUAAUGAUCGUGGCUCCUCCUCUUUAGUCAUUAAAGAAUUCAAGUCGAACAUGAGUGGUGCUCAGCGCAAUAUGCAGAAGCUAGUGGUCGACAGUCUACAAUUGAAACUGUACAUGUACGCUUUCCGCAAAGUUUACGGAGAGGCACCAUAUGGAGCACAGUUGCAGGAAAUUGGCGAGAACUUUGUGGAAGAGCGAGAUGAUCUCAGUAAUAAAAGACAAACUUCAUACAGCAGAAAGAAAAACAAGAUAGGAUUUGAACUCUUUUCUGAAAAAGCUGAGCGUGAAGCUGUAAAUGCCAUUGUUGAGGUCGCUUCACGUUUACGAGAGGGACAUUUCGAUCCGAAACCAACUUUUGCUGAAUGUGCUUUUUGUCCUUAUGUAGCUUCAGCUUGCCAUUCUGUCAGUAACAAUGUAACAUUUGAAAAUUGA